UCACCGCGCGAUUCGGUCUCUGACUCUCCACCAAUUCGGUCGCGUGCGUUUGCUCCAGCUGCGCUCUUUUCGCUCUCUUUGGCUCGCGUGAAAGUCGUAAAGUUCAGCUAGCUCUCCACGAUACAGAAAAAGAAACGCAUACAAAAAAUUCGCCAGCGAUAGAAAACCGAUUCAAAUUGCAAUUGCAAUGCCUAAAAUGCGUAUGUGAGUUUCGCGCAGUGAUUGCUGUGAAAGUUCAAGUGAAAGCGGAAAGAAGAAACAAAGCGAGAAUACUUGCAAAGCAAUAAACCAAAAAGUGCAAAAUACGUAAAGUUUAAACAAAGCAAACAAGUUAUACAAAACCAUAGCCAUGUUGUGUCCGCCAAUGGCCCUGGGCCCUUUACUCGCUGCCCCCGUGCCACGCCCACCGCCCAGCGCAUCGGAGAAGAAGAGAAUCUGUCGCAACCUAUUCAAUAACGCUCCCGGGGACUCGAAUAUCGAUCAGCUGUUGGCCCAGGAGCAGCACAAGCAGAGAUUAUACGUUAAGGAACGCUACCGAUUCGACAUCCAGCUGGAAUCUAAUCGGGAUGCGGAUGCGAAUACGGAUGAGGAUGCUGAUACGGAUGCCCAUCAUCAGGAUCUGCGCGGAAUGCGGUAUCGGACCACAAGGACGAUACCCAGCACCGAUGCCGAUGAGUGCAAUCCAAAGGCAGUCAGCAAAGCGCCGAGGGGCAUGGCCCUGACUCCCGCCCAGAUCUCCGCCAGCGCACAGCUGAUCCUACAGAAAUGCCCGGAAAGCGAUCGCAACAAAAGCAACGGCAGCGCGGAUUUGGCCAACAGCACGAGACAUGGCCAAAAGCCAUAUGCGAGGCAGCCACAAGGCCUCAAAGGCAUGUACAAUGUUCGCAAGGCCGUGAAUGGUAUUUCGAAAGCCAACGUCAAGAAUGGUUACAACAACACCAAUAACAACAACAGCAGCAGCAACAACAACAGCAGCGUGAAUAAUAAUAAUACUAGCGAAUUGGCAGAUCAGAAGCAGUAACUUUGGAUCACGAUGACGAUGACGAAUAGCCCCUGGCGGAGCAAUAAUUGCAAUAUAUGAUAUUAAUUGUAAAUGUAAUUUUAAAUUCUAAAAUAAUUUGUUUAUUUUUUUGUACCCCAGCCAUACACAGAGAGUAUUGUGUAUGGAUUGUACGUUUGUUUUAAACCAAGACUUAACGGUCCCAAAAUGUUGUUGCAUAACAAAUGAUUAAGUGAAUGGAAAAAAAGCCAACCAGAAACAACAACAAAAGCAACCCCAGAAAAGAUCGGCGCGCGUGCACGGCCAAAAACAGGCAAAAAAAAAUAUGAUUAAUAAUUAAUAAUAGUAAUAUAUCCGGAUGCAUGGCGAUAUCGGUCUUAUAAUGGAAAUUAUUAAGUUAUGUUUACGUGCUAAUGUUAGACAAGCGAUCGACGGUGCCAUGCAUCCACUAUAUAUAGACUAAACCCCAACCCAAACCAAUUCAAGCGUUCUCAGCGUGUUUUCGGGUCUAGAUGCACGCGUGUGCCAAAAGUAUUUACAAUUUACUUUGUGUCAUGAUCUCAAUUAUUAAAAACAAUUUUAUUAUUUUGUUUAUCUAAAUAUAAUUAUAAUUGAAAU